ACAGUUUAAAUUAAAGUUCCCGGAUUUUUGUGGGCGCCUGCCCCGCCCCUCGUCCCCCUGCUGUGUCCAUAUAUCGAGGCGAUAGGGUUAAGGGAAGGCGGACGCCUGAUGGGUUAAUGAGCAAACUGAAGUGUUUUCCAUGAUCUUUUUUGAGUCGCAAUUGAAGUACCACCUCCCGAGGGUGAUUGCUUCCCCAUGCGGGGUAGAACCUUUGCUGUCCUGUUCACCACUCUACCUCCAGCACAGAAUUUGGCUUAUGCCUACUCAAUGUGAAGAUGAUGAGGAUGAAAACCUUUGUGAUGAUCCACUUCCACUUAAUGAAUGCAGCAAGUCGAGUGAGCAAGUGAUGUCCUGAAAGGCCCAGUGGAUCAGUGGAAUGAAGCGGGCAGGAAGACUUAGUGCUCCUGAAACAAGGAAUCCAGAAUCCAGGAGAAGGAUGGCUCAGUGGGGCUUUCAAGGGACAAGUAUGGGGGUUGAAGGGGUCACUGUCCCUAUACCAAAUCCAAAAAUAUUGUGACCAGGAACCAUUCUGUCCAACUCUUCUAUUUCAGAUGGCAAAGCAAAGCUAUAUUCAAGGCCACAUGCAAAGCUACUCCCUGAGCAAAGAGUCACAGAUAAAACGGGGGCACCAGUAGAAUGGCCAGGACAAACGCAGUGCAGCACAGAGACUCAGACCCUGACAGCCAUGCCUGCGCAGGCAGUGAUGAGAGUGACAUGUACUGUUGUGGACAUGCACAAAAGUGAGAUACUUCAAAGAUUCCAGAAGAUAUGCCCGGGGGUCCUGGAAGCCACAAGUGUGCACCGGCACAGACAUGAAGCUGCGGCUCCCUGCCAGUCCUGAGACCCACCUGGACAUGCUCCGCCACCUCUACCAGGGCUGCCAGGUGGUGCAGGGAAACCUGGAACUCACCUACCUGCCCACCAAUGCCAGCCUGUCCUUCCUGCAGGAUAUCCAGGAGGUGCAGGGCUACGUGCUCAUCGCUCACAACCAAGUGAGGCAGGUCCCACUGCAGAGGCUGCGGAUUGUGCGAGGCACCCAGCUCUUUGAGGACAACUAUGCCCUGGCCGUGCUAGACAAUGGAGACCCGCUGAACAAUACCACCCCUGUCACAGGGGCCUCCCCAGGAGGUCUGCGGGAGCUGCAGCUUCGAAGCCUCACAGAGAUCUUGAAAGGAGGGGUCUUGAUCCAGCGGAACCCCCAGCUCUGCUACCAGGACACGAUUUUGUGGAAGGACAUCUUCCACAAGAACAACCAGCUGGCUCUCACACUGAUAGACACCAACCGCUCUCGGGCCUGCCACCCCUGUUCUCCGAUGUGUAAGGGCUCCCGCUGCUGGGGAGAGAGUUCUGAGGAUUGUCAGAGCCUGACGCGCACUGUCUGUGCCGGUGGCUGUGCCCGCUGCAAGGGGCCACUGCCCACUGACUGCUGCCAUGAGCAGUGUGCUGCCGGCUGCACGGGCCCCAAGCACUCUGACUGCCUGGCCUGCCUCCACUUCAACCACAGUGGCAUCUGUGAGCUGCACUGCCCAGCCCUGGUCACCUACAACACAGACACGUUUGAGUCCAUGCCCAAUCCCGAGGGCCGGUAUACAUUCGGCGCCAGCUGUGUGACUGCCUGUCCCUACAACUACCUUUCUACGGACGUGGGAUCCUGCACCCUCGUCUGCCCCCUGCACAACCAAGAGGUGACAGCAGAGGAUGGAACACAGCGGUGUGAAAAGUGCAGCAAGCCCUGUGCCCGAGUGUGCUAUGGUCUGGGCAUGGAGCACUUGCGAGAGGUGAGGGCAGUUACCAGUGCCAAUAUCCAGGAGUUUGCUGGCUGCAAGAAGAUCUUUGGGAGCCUGGCAUUUCUGCCGGAGAGCUUUGAUGGAGUCUCACUCUGUCAGCAGGCUGGAGUGCAGUGGUACGAUCUCGGCUCACUGCAACCUCUGCCUCCUGGAUUCAAGCAAUUCUCCUGCCUCAGUCUCCUGAGUAGCUGGGACUACAGGGACCCAGCCUCCAACACUGCCCCGCUCCAGCCAGAGCAGCUCCAAGUGUUUGAGACUCUGGAAGAGAUCACAGGUUACCUAUACAUCUCAGCAUGGCCAGACAGCCUGCCUGACCUCAGCGUCUUCCAGAACCUGCAAGUAAUCCGGGGACGAAUUCUACACAAUGGCGCCUACUCGCUGACCCUGCAAGGGCUGGGCAUCAGCUGGCUGGGGCUGCGCUCGCUGAGGGAACUGGGCAGUGGACUGGCCCUCAUCCACCAUAACACCCACCUCUGCUUCGUGCACACGGUGCCCUGGGACCAGCUCUUUCGGAACCCGCACCAAGCUCUGCUCCACACUGCCAACCGGCCAGAGGAUGAGUGUGUGGGCGAGGGCCUGGCCUGCCACCAGCUGUGCGCCCGAGGGCACUGCUGGGGUCCAGGGCCCACCCAGUGUGUCAACUGCAGCCAGUUCCUUCGGGGCCAGGAGUGCGUGGAGGAAUGCCGAGUACUGCAGGGGCUCCCCAGGGAGUAUGUGAAUGCCAGGCACUGUUUGCCGUGCCACCCUGAGUGUCAGCCCCAGAAUGGCUCAGUGACCUGUUUUGGACCGGAGGCUGACCAGUGUGUGGCCUGUGCCCACUAUAAGGACCCUCCCUUCUGCGUGGCCCGCUGCCCCAGCGGUGUGAAACCUGACCUCUCCUACAUGCCCAUCUGGAAGUUUCCAGAUGAGAAGGGCACAUGCCAGCCUUGCCCCAUCAACUGCACCCACUCCUGUGUGGACCUGGAUGACAAGGGCUGCCCCGCCGAGCAGAGAGCCAGCCCUCUGACGUCCAUCAUCUCUGCGGUGGUUGGCAUUCUGCUGGUCGUGGUCUUGGGGGUGGUCUUUGGGAUCCUCAUCAAGCGACGGCAGCAGAAGAUCCGGAAGUACACGAUGCGGAGACUGCUGCAGGAAACGGAGCUGGUGGAGCCGCUGACACCUAGCGGAGCGAUGCCCAACCAGGCGCAGAUGCGGAUCCUGAAAGAGACGGAGCUGAGGAAGGUGAAGGUGCUUGGAUCUGGCGCUUUUGGCACAGUCUACAAGGGCAUCUGGAUCCCUGAUGGGGAGAAUGUGAAAAUUCCAGUGGCCAUCAAAGUGUUGAGGGAAAACACAUCCCCCAAAGCCAACAAAGAAAUCUUAGACGAAGCAUACGUGAUGGCUGGUGUGGGCUCCCCAUAUGUCUCCCGCCUUCUGGGCAUCUGCCUGACAUCCACGGUGCAGCUGGUGACACAGCUUAUGCCCUAUGGCUGCCUCUUAGACCAUGUCCGGGAAAACCGCGGACGCCUGGGCUCCCAGGACCUGCUGAACUGGUGUAUGCAGAUUGCCAAGGGGAUGAGCUACCUGGAGGAUGUGCGGCUCGUACACAGGGACUUGGCUGCUCGGAACGUGCUGGUCAAGAGUCCCAACCAUGUCAAAAUUACAGACUUCGGGCUGGCUCGGCUGCUGGACAUUGAUGAGACAGAGUACCAUGCAGAUGGGGGCAAGGUGCCCAUCAAGUGGAUGGCGCUGGAGUCCAUUCUCCGCCGGCGGUUCACCCACCAGAGUGAUGUGUGGAGUUAUGGUGUGACUGUGUGGGAGCUGAUGACUUUUGGGGCCAAACCUUACGAUGGGAUCCCAGCCCGGGAGAUCCCUGACCUGCUGGAAAAAGGGGAGCGGCUGCCCCAGCCCCCCAUCUGCACCAUUGAUGUCUACAUGAUCAUGGUCAAAUGUUGGAUGAUUGACUCUGAAUGUCGGCCGAGAUUCCGGGAGUUGGUGUCUGAAUUCUCCCGCAUGGCCAGGGACCCCCAGCGCUUUGUGGUCAUCCAGAAUGAGGACUUGGGCCCAGCCAGUCCCUUGGACAGCACCUUCUACCGCUCACUGCUGGAGGACGAUGACAUGGGGGACCUGGUGGAUGCUGAGGAGUAUCUGGUACCCCAGCAGGGCUUCUUCUGUCCAGACCCUGCCCCGGGCGCUGGGGGCAUGGUCCACCACAGGCACCGCAGCUCAUCUACCAGGAGUGGCGGUGGGGACCUGACACUAGGGCUGGAGCCCUCUGAAGAGGAGGCCCCCAGGUCUCCACUGGCACCCUCUGAAGGGGCUGGCUCCGAUGUAUUUGAUGGUGACGUGGGAAUGGGGGCAGCCAAGGGGCUGCAAAGCCUCCCCACACAUGACCCCAGCCCUCUACAGCGGUACAGUGAGGACCCCACAGUACCCCUGCCCUCUGAGACUGAUGGCUACGUUGCCCCCCUGACCUGCAGCCCCCAGCCCGAAUAUGUGAACCAGCCAGAUGUUCGGCCCCAGCCCCCUUCGCCCCGAGAGGGCCCUCUGCCUGCUGCCCGACCUGCUGGUGCCACUCUGGAAAGGCCCAAGACUCUCUCCCCAGGGAAGAAUGGGGUCGUCAAAGACGUUUUUGCCUUUGGGGGUGCCGUGGAGAACCCCGAGUACUUGACACCCCAGGGAGGAGCUGCCCCUCAGCCCCACCCUCCUCCUGCCUUCAGCCCAGCCUUCGACAACCUCUAUUACUGGGAUCAGGACCCACCAGAGCGGGGGGCUCCACCCAGCACCUUCAAAGGGACACCUACGGCAGAGAACCCAGAGUACCUGGGUCUGGACGUGCCAGUGUGAACCAGAAGGCCAAGUCCGCAGAAGCCCUGAUGUGUCCUCAGGGAGCAGGGAAGGCCUGACUUCUGCUGGCAUCAAGAGGCGGGAGGGCCCUCCGACCACUUCCAGGGGAACCUGCCAUGCCAGGAACCUGUCCUAAGGAACCUUCCUUCCUGCUUGAGUUCCCAGAUGGCUGGAAGGGGUCCAGCCUCGUUGGAAGAGGAACAGCACUGGGGAGUCUUUGUGGAUUCUGAGGCCCUGCCCAAUGAGACUCUAGGGUCCAGUGGAUGCCACAGCCCAGCUUGGCCCUUUCCUUCCAGAUCCUGGGUACUGAAAGCCUUAGGGAAGCUGGCCUGAGAGGGGAAGCGGCCCUAAGGGAGUGUCUAAGAACAAGAGCGACCCAUUCAGAGACUGUCCCUGAAACCUAGUACUGCCCCUCAUGAGGAAGGAACAGCAAUGGUGUCAGUAUCCAGGCUUUGUACAGAGUGCUCUUCUGUUUAGUUUUUACUUUUUUUGUUUUGUUUUUUUAAAGAUGAAAUAAAGACCCAGGGGGAGAAUGGGUGUUGUAUGGGGAGGCAAGUGUGGGGGGUCCUUCUCCACACCCACUUUGUCCAUUUGCAAAUAUAUUUUGGAAAACA